AAUAUGCGGGUGGUGCGGACGCCAGAGGACGCUGACAUGCGCACUGACACGAGCGUAACUUAUCCAUAUCGACCCUAAGUCAUCUGUAAAAUCCGUAAGUCAUGCGUUACAUCCGCAAGUCAUCCGUAAGUGGUCCGUUACAUGUGUCAGCGGGAAAGCAGCGAAUCCGCUGGUUUUACCCGUAACAUUCGUAAUUCAUACGUAACAUCCAUAACUAAUCCGUAUCGUCCGUAACAUGGCCGUAUGACCUCAGCAUGAACGCACUUUCUCUCAGUCCCGACGGUGGCGGGUGUGCAAAGAAGAUCAUGCCUACGUCGGACAUGCCUGGAGGUGUCUUUCCAAGGACCAUGGACCAUGCAAGUACCAAUCUUCCCAUUAGCUUCGUGAAACCAUGGACCUAUACAGUUGAGCGAAAUCACGUUCUUACGUAGAACAGUUCUACGAAAGACCCUUUCAUAUGGUACCCCCUGGAUGUGUGCCCAUUGGCACGUAACACGCCUUUGGAAUUGCGAUGUAUUCACCGUGUUCAGCAGUGGCAUCGUGACAACGCGAUGAUAUUGUAGCAUUAUUUUUAGAACAGCAAUGUGCGCAUUUCAACUUCUCAUUGUUGCUGUUGUUUGAUGUGUGAAACCAUUCACAUUUUUCAGGAUUCGUAUUUAGUCGUGAAGGACAGAUCUUGUAAGCUACAGGACCCAAAGAAUGAUGGCUGGCGAAACAACCUGGGAUGCUGUUGUUGUUGGAGCAGGUAUAAGUGGUUUAUCAGCCGCCAAGCUCUUACAUGAAUCUGGCCAAGAUGUACUGGUACUAGAAGCAAAUGAUCGAGUAGGAGGACGGACUCUCAAUUUCUAUGACGAGUCUAUAAAAUAUGCCGAAUUGGGCGGGGCAUACAUGGGACCCACCCAGGAUCGCAUCUACCGACUCUCAAAGGAACUGGGUAUCGACAAUUUUCACGUCGAAGACGACGGUGACGUCAUAGCUUACAACAGGGGUAUAUGGCGAUAUUUAUCUGGACAAUGCCCUGCAACUUGGAACCCUCUACUCUUCAUAGACCUAAAUCAUUUCUAUCAUCUUAUUGAUGAGAUGGGCAAAAAGAUUCCAAUGGAUCGUCCCUGGGACUUCCCUGAAGCCGAAGAAUGGGACAACAUGACAGUGAAAGAAUGGUGCGAUAAGACCUUCUGGUUCCAACUCACCAGAGACACGGUCGCUGUCCAUUGCUGUACUGGGUUAUGCUGCGAAGCUAGUGAUCUAUCACUGCUUUACUUUCUAUGGUAUAUCAAAGGAUGCUGUGGAUAUCUAAGGUAUUCAUCCACAGUCAAUGGUGCCCAGGAGAGAAAAUUCCACGGAGGCAGUCAAAGUAUCUCCCUAGCCAUAGCAGAGCGACUUGGACAAGAUCGAGUUUUAACGAACAGUCCAGUAAGCAGUGUGUUACAGGAUGAGGAAGGUGUGACAGUUACCACGUUAGAUGGAAAGUCAUAUAAGGCAAAAUAUAUAAUAGCAGCUCUUCCUCCUGCCAUGCUAACUAAGAUCAACUUCACACCUAAACUACCAGCUCUGAGAAAUCAGCUUGACCAACGCUACCCAAUGGGGGCUGUGAUCAAGACUACCAUAUAUUAUGAACGCCCAUUUUGGAAAGACUCCGGUUUCUCCGGCUCAGUUUUGGCCGAUGGCAUAAUAUCAGAAAUACGAUACGAUGGCAAGGCAACAAUUGAAAAUUGGCAUGCUCUAGUUGGAUUCAUGUCCGGCGAUGGCGCGAAGGACCACUGUCAUCUUACGAAAGAACAGAGGAGAGAUCUCAUAGCUCAGAGGUAUGCAGUAUUUUUCAAAACCGAUGAAGCUCUAAAGCCUGUUUACUAUGUUGAGAAGAACUGGAUGGAAGAACCUUUUAUAGGAGGGGGUUAUGUCGGCUACACACCACCUGGAGUUAUCACCAAAUACUGCAGAGUUAUUCGAGAGCCAAUUGGUCGUAUUUUCUUUGCUGGCACCGAGACAGCUACUAAGUGGUCUGGAUACAUGGACGGGGCUGUCCAGGCAGGAGAGAGGGCUGCAAGAGAGAUACUGUAUGCAAUGGGUAAGAUCAAUAAGGAUGAAAUAUGGCAGGAGGAACCAGAGGCUCAGGACAUGCCGGCUCGUCCAUUUGAGGAACCUUUGGUAAAGAAGCAUCUUCCUUCAUUGAGUGGGUUUCUGAAAUACGUUGGGGGAUCUUUUCUCAUCACUGCCAUAGGAGGGGCUUUAUGGAUAAAGAGGGAUGCAUUACAAACAUCCGUUAAUUUAGGGGCACAGCAGUUUUUGAAACUGUUACAAUAGCCCCCCCCCCCCAUUCUCCGUCUUCAACCUUUAAAGCACUACUCCGCUUUAUGAAUAAUAUAUAUUAUAUCUUCAGGAAUAGAGUUGUCAGAUUUCCACUUUUUAUACGUUCAAUUUGAAAUUACCCAAGGUGUUUGAAACAGAUUUAGAUAAAUACGAAAACAGAUUAUUAGACAUUUUCCAUUCUUCAGUGCGUCUACUGUGCUGAGCAUAAAAGUAAACUAAGUGCAUUUUUGGACAAUAUUUUCAAAAACAUGGUGUUCAGUGAUGGGUGGUCCUAUUAAUGACAAUAAAAAUGAUUUUAUUUCUUUGACGGCCCCUCCUGGGGGCAUAGAAGAAAUAUAACAAGUUAUAACAAUGACAAUAAUAGGCAUAAGAAACAUGUAAAGGUAACAAAAAAGAAAAAAGAAAAAACAUGAUUAUCAAGGUACGUUUUGAAUGCAAAUGAGAUGUAUUUUAAGGAGCUAUGAUUUUUUGUCGCCAAUUAUUUUUAUAUUCUAUCAGGAAAAUUGUUGACGUUGCAAAGUGUGCACAAAUUCAAUAUAAUGCAAGUUUAGUGUGUUUGAUGGAAGAAAUCAAAUCAUGUUUGAUUGAAAAUACUUAAAAGAUAGAUAAGACGUGCACUAUGAUAAUAUUGUAAUUUUGUAGACAGUUUGACAAACUUUUUUCUCAAAACAAUGCACGCACGGUGAAUAUAUCAUUCGAAAAAAUAUAUAUUUGGGAACUUGCCGAUCUUUCAAUGAUAUGUAAAAGCAAACUUAAGGUACAAGUAAUUUUUAAAAUGAUGAUUAUAGUUAUUGUAUAGAGUGGGUCUAGGUAGAAUUAGAUAACAAAUCGCUUAACUUCGAAUUAUAAAACAAUAUGCUACCCAUGUUAGGUUUAUAUCAUUUCUUAAAAAAACAUGUAGGGAAAACCACAAAUUGCUGAUAUUUAAUUAUCGGCUAAUAGCUUAGUUAUUCCUACUACUCGCCAUCUGGGAGGGAGGGGGUGGGAGACUCGGCUAAUAGAUUAGUUAUCUCUAAUACUCGCCAUCGGGGGGGGGGGACCCAGCUACUAGGUUAGUUAUCUCUACUACUCGCGAUCGGGGGGGGGGGACUCGGCUAAUAGGUUAGUUAUCUCUACUACUCGCCGGGGGGGGGGGGCUCUCCGAUUUGGAAAGGGUAGGGGUGUGCGGCCCUAAAUUUUGAAAGAAUAAAAUCCUACCCAUAAAAACUGUGGCGAUUAAUUGGGUUCGGUGUAAAAAUGGCAGAGGUAUUAAUGGCAGAGGUAAACAUGGCAGAGAUAAACAUGGCAGACGUGGCAGAGGUAAUAAUGGCAGAGGUACAAAUAGCAGGGGUAGUAAUGGCAGAGAUAAAAUUAGCAGGGGUAAUAGAUAAUAGCAGAGGUAAAAAUGGCAAGAGAUAAUAAUGGCAGAGGUAAAAAUAGAAGAGGUAAACAUGGCAGAGGUAAUAAUGGCAGAGGUAAAAAUGGCAAGGGUAAUAAUGGCAGAGGUAAAAAUUGCAGAGGUAAUAAUGGCAGAGGUAAAAAUGGCACGGGUAAUAUUGGCAUAGGUAAAAAUGGCAGAGGUGUUAAUGCCAGAUGUAAAAAUGACAGAUUAAUAAAAAAUGACAGAGGCACAUAUGGCCAUGCCCAGUCUUAAACCUCCAUGCAAUAAAUUGUCAAAAAGCCCCCGCAUGUACAUAGAUUUACUAAGAAGUGCAUGUCACGGUUAUGCAUUUCAUCAUAUUAUUAUGUCUUCAUCGGUCUAACAAUGUUAUUAAUGAAUUCGCUGGAGGUGUACCGUGAGGGCUUCUGAAAAAGAAAUCAAAGGCCAGAUAUUUUUUCAUUCAAUUUAUCAGAAGCAAAAUGAAACUGCACUGUUCUCAGUCGUCUUUUUCU